AUGGCGGCCGGUGGAGAUCAAAACUACCACCGCCGCCUAGACCGAAGUUUUGAUGAUUUGUCCAAAUUACCUGACCAAGAUCAAGCCUUGGUAUAUAAACUUCGGUCUGCGAUUGAUGGAGCACGCUCAAAAUUCAGCAAACUCCGAGAUUCGGUGGACGAAAAAGAUGAACUUCUUAGUAAAGAGACUGCACUAAGGAGAGCAGCUGAACAGAAACUGGAGGCUCAGCUGGUUAACAUGUACCCAGACCAAAGUGUGAAUGAUGAGCUCCAUGAGAGACUGCCCAGAGCAAGAAGGAAAAGCUCCCCUACAAAAUCUCCAGUCAUAGAUGAAUGGGUCAAGGAAGAAGAAACAAAAGCACAGAGGAACUCAAAAGAAAAUGAUUCAGGUACGGAAACAGACCCACCAGGAAAGCCUCAUGGUCGCAGUAAAACUAAAAAGAGGCCAAAAAGUGGGAAAGAUUCAUCAAGACAUAGCAAGAAGCACCACAGAAGAUCGUGGAGUGGAACUGAGACCCCAUCUGAAGAUGAACACCACAGUGCUCGUCAUAUGCACAUGUCUCAGACUUUUCCUGGCUUCUCAUCCAUGCCACAGGGAGGUUAUGGUGGUCCUGUUCUUCCACCCAUGGGAUACUAUCCACCUUUUCCAUAUGCACCACCCCCUCCAGUGAUUUAUGCACCAUCCCCUCACAUGCAGCCCCCAUACUCUAGUGUCUUUUCUCCCCCUGCUGCUCAAUCCACACCUGGGCGCCAUGAAGGUCAAAUUGCAAGUGAACAUCAGGGUCAAGGUCAUCCACAGGGUGAAGCUCAAACCCAGAAAUCAGGUCAAUCACAACGUCAGCCACAGGAUGUUGGCCAUGAUGCUACACUGAGUGUCCCAGUAAGUGGGGGUUCACCACCAGUGGCUGGUAACUUGGGGGUCCGAAGGCACAGCGAUCCACAUGCAGAGGGAAACGCAAAGAAGAGAUCACCCCACAAAAACCACACCGUGAUUGGUUUGCCACAUGAUGUCACUGUUGGUCAAGAUAGUCCUGUUGCUGGUGAUGGCAGUUAUAUUUCAGUGCCUGUGGAUGAUAAGAGUAGAUACUUGGAUCAGAGUCGUCAGGUUUCUCUCCUGCUCUCAGAAUUAGAUGCUGCUAAAGACUUGAAUAAGAAGCUUUCUGACAAACUGUCAGAAACAGAAAAAGAACUUGAGUCAAUCAAAAUUGCCAUGAAAGCUAAGGCAACAGAAUCAGAAGCAGAUUUGGGGGCAAGAGCAACAGCAUUAGUGGAAGAGUUGUACAGGGCACAAAAGGAGAGAGAUGCAUCAGUAAUGAUGAGGCUGAGGUUGGCCAAUGAGGAGCGUGAUGAAGCCAUAGAAAGAUGGAAACAAAUGAACCAAAGCUUGGCUAGUGUUGACUCUGGGACUGAACAAUCAGAUGAAGAGGAUGUGGAUGUUCCUAGUUUGCUGUCCAAACUUAACCAGGCUGAAUCUCCAAUACAAAUUGGAAAACAUGGACAUCUGAUUAAAGACAAAAUCAGUGGGACAAAAGCAAGAAGAAAAGAAAUCACAAUGGAAGAAAUGAAGGCAAUCCUGGAAGAGAGAGAUGCUUUAUUGGCAAAGUGCAAGAAACUUGAACAAGAACUGAUUAAACUCCAAAGAAAUGGCAGCAAAUACUCCCCCCAACAUGAAAAAGAACAGGCAAUUAAGGCAAAGCUUCUGGCGACCCAGCAAGAGAGGGACAUGGCACUGGCAAAGGCUAGAAAGAUGGAAGAGGAAAUGCAGAACAUCAGGGUCUAUUAUAGCCUUCAUAAGUCGCUGUCUCAAGAAGCUAACAUGCGCGAUCAAUUCAACAACACCCUUGGUAACAUCGAAGUCCAACUAAAGCAGAAAGAGGCUGUAUACGAAAAGGUGCAGAAAGAUAGCAACCAACUGUUGGCACGCCUCAAAGGGGUACAGAUGGAGAAAGAGCAAGCGAUGGCCGAAUUAAACAAAUCCAGGAUGGCACAGAAAGAGGCUGAAGAAAAUGCAGAAAAAAUGGAAAGACUGGUGAAUGUAUUGCGUCGCAAGAUCAGUGGACUUGGGAUGAAACCCGAUGACUGAUUUUCCCAGUUGGUUCAAGAGAAAGAAAAAAAUCAAGAGUACUCCAGAUUUUUUAGCCAAGGAGAUAAAUAAGGAAAAAUCACUCUGUCAACCAAUACCAAAAAAUACCAACUUUGCAACUUUACUUCCUCAUGCUUUGAUUCUUGGUCUUUGCAUCAGUUGCUACCAAAAGUCAGGUUUGACAAUUCAAGAAGUAUUAUUUUUAUUUCUUAAACAGUUUUAUGCACUGUUAGAUAUAACCGUAGGAUCUAUUUGGAUAUAUCAUAUAUCAUUAAAUUGUAAUUGAUUUUAGUUCUUUAACAAAAUAUAUAAUGUAAUAUAUAAUGAUAUGUCUAUGUAGCACUUCAUUAAGGAAGCACUGUUGUUUAUAGAUUACAGAUAUACGUCCUUAUUUUGUUAUAAGAUUAAGCAAGUUUUUUUAUUUUGAAAUUUGUUAUGCAGCGUUGAUUAUUUUUCUUCUGAUGCCACAUAUUUUGAUCAUGGUAGAAAUUGCAUGAUAGCAAAUUUCGUUUUCAUGCUUGUUCUGUUUUCUGAUUUACAUAAUUUAAACACCAUACAAAGCACUGGUUUUUUGACAAAUACGUCCAGCCAUGUAGAAAGUUUUUUCUGUCACAGAUUGACAGUGUUCAAUACAGCAUUGUGUCCUUUUAAAAGGUAAUGUCAACGAGCAUUUGGCAUUUAAGGGCUUUAGAGUAUAAAACUGCAUUAAUCAUGUUUAUCUAUAAAUUAAAGAUAUUAAAAGAUGAAUAUUCAAUAUAUUGCAAACAACAUAUGUUUGUGGGCAAAUACUCAGUAGAAUGCGAGAAUCAGAUUUGCAUAUAGAUUGCUUGAUUGUAACCAGUACCAAACGGAGUUUUGUUUUGUUUGAAUCAUUUUAGUCACUGAAAUUAUAUCUAAACCAGUGUGUAUUUGUUUACUCUAACUAGGUAUCUGUCCAUUGUUUGAUCCGUCCUUGUCUUUAAAUGUCUGAACUUUUGAAGGUUUUUUGUACUAUUAUUAGUAUCAUUAUAAAUAUUUAAGAAACGAUUUAUGCGUUUCGAGAGAAAACCAUGUGUAUACAGGUUUUUCUGAACUAUGCAUUUAAUGAGAAUUAUGCUACAGGUUAUUUAUACAACUUUACACCAUUUUUGUGCUUUGUAAUCACAAGAAGUUUUCUUCAUUAAUAAAGAAUUUUGCGGCCUUA